CACCUGUAAAGUCCCUGACAGCUGGUAUCAGCACCUUCAUGCAUUUGGGAAUUCGCUCCCCUUAUGCGAUACAAUUCCUGUUACAUUUGGCAGGUUUGACAUACGUUAUCGAUGCCGAAUGAGAGACGCCGUGCUCGCUGUUCUUAAUCCUACAUUCUCGUGACUCGGCAGCGCAUGUUCGCUGAUUCGGGAUCACAUCUCCUUCUUCAAAGUUUAUUAGCCAGUCAUGUCUUCGGGAAACACAUCGCCAGGCAUGUCUGAUGUACCAUCAGCUCCGGGCCAGGAACCCAUCCACACAGUCCCAACCCUCAUAUCCGUCUUCUUUAGACUCUUUGAGUCUCAGUUUCUUCUUGUAAUCUUUAGCGCGCUAGCCAUCAUCUGGCUGGGAGCUCAUGGCUCGCUUCGUAGGCCGCCCUCGGCUGCCCCCCCAAAACUCAAAAAGGGCGAGAAGCGAUCAGAGAAGGAGAACUUUAUGGAAGGGCUCACACUAUCGGACGCCAUCUGGUUUCCUCUAGCUCUAGGCGCCGUUCUGAUCGGCCUUUACUACCUUAUUCUGUGGCUCCAAGAUCCUGCCGUACUGAAUCAGCUCCUGCGGGCUUACAUGUCUCUCAUGGCCGUGACCGGCUUGGCUGCUCUAGCCGGAGACGCCCUAGACAUUAUGUCGAGUCUUGUCUUUCCUAGCAUGUGGGCAGACCGAAACGGCCAGGUGCACUACAUCGACCCGGACCGUCGCUGCCAGUACGUCAUCAACCGCUUGACUGGCGAAGAGACUGUCGUUGAGGGCAAGCAGACUCCUUUCCCUGGCAUCUUGUCCAACCUGGCCAUCUCGCGAGACUGGAGUCGAUUCUGGUGGGACGUGCGCCACCUGCUCAAUGAGACUUGGACAGUUCGACUCGCGGUGCGCGGCAAGACCCUCACCAAGGUUGAGGUCCGUCUCAAUGACCUGGUUCGCUUCACCAUUGGCGUCAGCAUUGCUGUCGCUUACCAUUGGACUGGGUGGCCCGCUUUGUCCAACGCCGUCAGUGUUGCCAUGUGCUACGCUUCGUUCAUGUUGCUCACUCCCACCUCCUUCUCCAUCGGGAGCUUGGUUCUGGGCGGCCUCUUCAUCUACGACAUUGUCAUGGUCUUCUAUACUCCAUACAUGAUCACGGUUGCCAAGAAGCUCGAUGCCCCCAUCAAGCUGGUAUUCAACAGUACCUCGGGGGUUAGCAUGCUCGGGCUCGGCGACAUCGUCGUUCCUGGCCUGCUGAUGGGCCUCGCUCUCCGCUUCGACCUGUUUCAGUACUAUCAUAAGCAAACCAAACUCGAGCCGAUCACGUUAACCACCGAGAUCGCUUCACCGGAGUCGGAAACGACGGAGACAACCGGAAAGACGCAUUACCGCCGGGUCAAGGUUCCCUAUGUCGAUACCAGCGGCCAGUGGGGCAAUCGCUUUUGGACCACACCACUGGGGAGAUUGGUUCCUACCAACGAGGCAACGUCGCCCAUUGCUGCCACGGCAUUCCCCAAGCCCUAUUUCUAUGCCUCUCUAGCUGGCUACGCCGCCGGAAUGUUCGCCACCUUGGCAGCGUUGGUUGUGUUUAACCACGGCCAGCCGGCGCUACUUUACUUGGUCCCUGGCGUAACCGGGUCUCUCUGGCUGACCGGGCUGAUCCGGGGAGAAGUGAAGGACAUGCUGGGAUACACGGAAGAUGGAAGUCUCGAUACCGAGGAUGUAGUCGUCGAGUUGGAUGCGGAUGGGCGAGUGAUCAAGGAGACCGCCAAGAAGGCGCCAGAGAAGCCAGAGAAGGAGAAGCCUAAUGACCAAGCAGAAGAUGCGGAGGGCACGAGAGAGGAAGAGAAACCGCAGGGGAAUAAGUCUCGCGAGUUGUUUGUGUUUUCAAUCACAGCGCCUCGCUCUGUCGCCUAGGGUGGUCUGGGACCAUGGUAGUGCGGGGUGUUCGUUGAAGUGUUCAUCAAGUUUGGCUUAGCCUGAAAGUCCUUUGGCCAGCGAGCCUGGGUUUAUAGAGUUCGGAUAGAUGGAAUAUACAGCCGCAAUGCCUCAGUGUGU